UCCAUUCGCCGCUAUCACUCGAGCAGCUGCGACCUAAACCCUUAUCCCCUCCGCGGCGACCCCAUCUCCUCCGUCUCGUCUCCUUCCUAGGGUUUUGCUGCCGUCAUGGCGACGGCGUCGCGCGCGCUCCUCCUCUCCCGAGCGGCUCUCUCGCCGCUCCCCGCCGCCGCCGCGUACCGCCGCCUGCCUCUCCUCCUCCGCCCGCUCGCCGCGGCCGCGACGCUCCUCCCGGCGGCGGCCUCGCACGGACCGGCGGCGCGGUGCUACGCGACGCAGCCCGCGACUUCCUCUCUGCGGGACUCGUCCCCCAACUGGACCAACCGGCCGCCCAAGGAGACGAUCCUCCUCGACGGGUGCGACUUCGAGCACUGGCUCGUCGUCAUGGAGCCGCCCCCCGGCGACGCCGCCAACCCCGAAGUCACACGCGACGAGAUCAUCGAUAGCUACAUCAAGACCCUCGCCCAGGUCGUUGGGAGUGAGGAAGAAGCGAGGCAGAAGAUUUACUCGGUGUCAACUCGACAUUACUUUGCUUUUGGUGCUCUUGUGUCUGAGGAACUUUCUUACAAACUUAAAGAGUUACCCAAGGUCCGCUGGGUUCUUCCUGAUUCAUACUUGGAUGUGAAAAAUAAGGACUAUGGAGGUGAACCCUUCAUCAAUGGUGAAGCUGUUCCUUAUGAUCCUAAAUACCAUGAGGAGUGGGUCAGAAACAAUGCCCGUGCCAAUGAAAGAUCUCGUCGCAAUGACAGGCCCCGCAGCUUUGACAGGUCAAGGAACUUUGAGAGGAGGAGAGACAACAUGCAGAACUUCCAGAACAGAGAUGCGCCUCCUGGGCAGGGUUUCAAUGGCCCCCCACCUCCACCUGGUCAGAACCAGAUGCCACCCCGUGAAGGCCCUCCUAUGCACCAUGGUCAGGGCAACAUUCCUCCGCCACCACCACCACCUCAUGCUGCUGGUGGCCCACCAAACUACCAGCCCCAAAUGCCAAACCCGCAAGCAGGCUACACCCCUGGCGGUGCACCUCCCUUCCAGCAAGGUGGUGCUCCUGGCUACCAAGGCGGACCUCCUGGUUACCAAGGUGGUAACCAAGGUUACCAAGGGAACCCAGGCCCAGCUUACCCAGGUGCCAACCCUGGAUACCAAGGUGGCGCGCCAGGUUACCAAGGUGGCAACCCACCGCCCCCUUACCAAGGAGGCAACCCCAACGCACCCCCCUACCAAGGCGGUGGCAACCCACCACCCCCUUACCAAGGAGGCAACCCCAACGCAGCCCCCUACCACGGUGGUGGCAACCCUGGCUACGGUGGUGGCGCACCAGGUGGCUACCCAGGUGGUCAAGGAGGCAACCCGAACUACCAAUGAGCAGUAUAAAUUGAACCCUGGUUGCCAUCUGAUUUUCAUGGGUUGUCGCUGUAUUCACCUAAUUAUAUUCUAUAAUGCUCGAACUUGUAGUUGUGAUGCAUGUGUAUCGGAUGACUGCUUUAUUCUAUAAUCGUUCAUGUCCUUGUUUGUAGUUGCC